UUGACAGAAAUUGAAAGAAUAAAAAAGAAAUGUGUUUAUUGUUUUAAAAUGUCGUCUAGUCGUUUGUCUUUUGAUACGGAUGAUCAGAAUACUGUGCCACGGAUCAUGGUGUUCCGGCCCAGUUAUGAUGAAUUUGUCAACUUCUCCGCCUAUAUUGAGUAUAUGGAAUCGCGAGGAGCACAUAAAGCGGGCAUAGUCAAAAUAAUACCCCCUAGAGAGUGGAAGCCGCGAAAAUCCGGAUAUGAUAUAGAAAAUAUAAAUAUGACAAUACCGGCACCUAUUUGUCAAGUAGUUACGGGAGCUCAUGGACUUUAUCAACAAAUUAAUAUACAACAGCGUCGCCAGAUGACGCUGCGUCAGUUUAUGGAAAAGGCUAACUCGGAGUUGCAUCAGACGCCGCGCCACAUCGACUAUGAUGAUCUGGAGCGCAAGUAUUGGAAGAAUAUAACAUACAUAUCAGCAUUAUAUGCAGCGGAUGUUAAAGGAACAUUAAGUGACGAUGACUUGGAUGUGUGGAACAUUGGACGACUUGAUACAAUUCUAAAUCUAGUUAAUACUGACUAUGGUAUAGAGAUUGAUGGUGUUAACACAGCGUACCUGUAUUUCGGAAUGUGGAAGAGCUCUUUUGCCUGGCAUACUGAAGACAUGGAUUUAUAUUCCAUUAAUUAUUUACACUUUGGCAUGCCCAAGACAUGGUAUGCCAUACCACCUGCCUACGGAACGCGUCUAGAGAAGCUUGCUAAUGAAACCUUUAAGGAAAACUAUCAGGAAUGCAAUGCAUAUUUGCGCCACAAGAUGACGAUGAUAAGCCCAAAGGUUUUGAACCAACAUAAUAUACCUUUUAACAAAAUAACACAGGAGGCAGGAGAAAUAAUUAUAACUUUUCCAUUUGGAUACCACGCGGGCUUUAAUCAUGGCUUCAAUGGUGCCGAGUCCACAAAUUUUGCAUCAAAACGUUGGAUAGAAUAUGGCAAGCGAGCAAGCAUCUGCAAAUGUCGCAGCGAUAUGGUCAAAAUAUCUAUGGAGACAUUUGUAAGGCAUUUCCAGCCAGAGCGCUAUGAAAAUUGGCUAAAGGGCAAGGAUUACGGUUGCCAUCCAGAGAAGCCUGGAAAAAUAUGCGCUGCUUCACCGCCUACUUUAAAUGAAUACCAGAUGGAACAGCUGGAAAGCUGUCAAUCAUCUAAAACAAAGUCUAGCUUACCACAAAAGCGUGGCUGUUCGUUGCCCAUGCAAUCCAGCGAGGAUGAUGACAAAGCUAGCGUUAGCAGCUCCUGCAGUAGCCGCCUGAAGCAAGCUGUUGUCAAGAUACGCAAGCUGCCAAGCAUUCCGGCCACAGCCAACACUACAGAUACGCCACCAGCUGAGCCAGCAGAGAAAUACGAUUUCAAUUCCAUUGCUGUGGUGCGCAUCAAACGUCUCUGGAAUGAUUUACCUGGUGAGCCCGGCACCAAUUUACUAACCAACGGCAUUGUUAAGAAUACUAAGCGAAUGCGUUUUCAGACCAAGGUCUUAACAUUGGACGAUGAGGACUGAGAUCUUUGAGCGCACGCCAGCUUAUCUGAUCUCUGUUGUUAGUAAUUACUUAUUUUAGAUACAUAU